AUGCCACAAGAGGUGUCAAAAUCACAAAACUCAUUUUUCUCAUCUCCUUCAAAAAGAGGAUUGAAAGGUCUAGUUUCUAUGAACAUCAAAGAGGAGGAGAGUUUCAACGAUUAUGAUUUGGCUCACAGAAAAGCAGAAGAAGCAGGUUCAAGGCGCUACGAAGCCUCAGAAUGGCUCCGUCAAAUGGACAACGUCGCAUCUUCCUUCCUACCUCCAAAACCCUCACAGCAACAGUUCUACCUCGCGCUUCGCAACGGUAUCAUUCUCUGCAACGUCCUCAACAGAGUCAAUCCCGGUGCUGUUGUCAAAGUGGUGGACAAUUCUGCACUUGCGGCUGCUUCUACGGUAGAAGGAGCCGCGCAUUCCGCGAUUCAGUAUUUUGAGAACAUGAGGAAUUUUCUUUAUGCUGUUAAGGAUAUGCAGUUACUGACUUUUGAAGCUUCUGAUUUGGAGAAGGGGGGUUCAUCGAAUAAAGUUGUGGACUGCAUUCUAUGUUUGAAGGGAUACUAUGAAUGGAAACUAUCUGGGGGAGUUGGUGUUUGGAGGUAUGGUGGAACUGUGAGAAUUACUUCCUUACCAAAGAGGUCUCCUUCUUCCUCCAUAGUUGGCAGUGAAAGUGCAGAUGAUUCACUGGAUGAGUCUGAGUCAUCGCAACUUCUUCAGGCUUAUAUUAGAGAGACAGAUGGGAUUGAUGAUCUGCCUUUGAAUACAAUGGUAAUUGAUGCCUUACUCAGCAAGGUAGUCAAAGAUUUCUCAUCUUUUCUUGUUUCUCAAGGCACAGAGCUUGGACUUUUCCUGAAGAAAAUACUAAAAGGGGAUAUUGGUUGUCUCUCAAAGACGGAGUUUGUAGAAGCUAUCUCACUAUAUCUUAAUCAAAGAAGUAUUUUGGCAUCAAAUGAUUUCUCCAAAUUCUGCAUUUGUGGUGGCAAGCGUGAUAUUCUUCGACAAAAUGUCAAUUACUCUGCCAAAUAUUCUGAAGUAAUCAAUACUCAACAGAAACAACUUGAGACUGUGAAAUACUUCUUUGAAGAUACAAAACUUGAAGUCAAGCAAAUUCAAUCAGAGUGGGAACAAGAAUUUAGUAGGCUAGAGCAUCAUAUUAAGAGCCUUGAAGUGGCCUCCUCUUCUUACCACAAAGUCUUGGAAGAGAACCGUUUUCUUUACAACCAAGUACAAGACCUCAAAGGAGCAAUUAGGGUUUAUUGUAGAGUGAGACCCUUCUUAACGGGACAAUCAAAUGUGCAGUCUACUGUAGACUAUAUUGGAGAAAAUGGAGACAUGAUGAUUGUGAAUCCCUUCAAGCAAGGAAAAGAUGCAAGAAGGGUAUUUUCAUUCGAUAAGGUGUUUGGAACAAGUGUAACACAAGAACAAAUUUAUGCUGACACUCAACCGUUGAUCAGAUCUGUUUUAGAUGGUUAUAAUGUAUGUGUCUUUGCAUAUGGACAGACCGGUUCUGGGAAGACAUACACGAUGAGUGGUCCCGAUCUGUCAGCUGAAGAGACAUGGGGUGUAAACUAUAGGGCUUUACGUGAUUUAUUUUAUAUAUCAAAGGAAAGAUCAGAUUCCAUAAAAUAUGAAGUUUUCGUCCAGAUGAUUGAAAUAUACAAUGAACAAGUGAGAGAUUUAUUAGUCAGUGAUGGCUCUAACAGAAGAUAUCCUUUAAAUAUACGAAACACUACCCAGCUGAAUGGCCUCAAUGUGCCUGAUGCAUUUUUAGUUCCAGUUACUUGCACUCGAGAUGUUCUAAAUUUAAUGAAAAUUGGUCAGAAAAACCGUGCUGUAGGUGCUACAGCUCUAAAUGAGAGAAGCAGUCGUUCUCAUAGUGUUUUCACUGUUCAUGUUCGAGGCAGGGAGUUAGUUUCUAACUCCAUUCUUAGGGGUUGUCUCCAUCUCGUGGAUUUGGCUGGUAGUGAGAGAGUUGACAAAUCUGAGGCUGUUGGUGAGAGAUUAAAGGAGGCCCAACAUAUAAAUAGAUCACUUUCAGCACUUGGGGAUGUUAUUUCUGCUUUGGCACAGAAAAGUCUACAUAUCCCUUACCGAAAUAGCAAGCUCACACAAGUAUUACAAGAUUCUUUAGGAGGGCAUGCAAAAACUUUGAUGUUUGUUCAUAUUAAUCCUGAACUUAAUGCUAUUGGGGAGACAAUUAGUACACUCAAGUUUGCCGAGAGGGUUGCAUCCAUUGAACUUGGAGCUGCUCAAUCUAAUAAAGAAACUGGUGAAAUUCGAGAACUGAAGGAAGAGGUAUCAAGUCUCAAAUUAGCAUUGGAAAGAAAAGAAGCAGAACUGGAGCAGUGGAAAGCUGGGAAUACUCGAAAUGCUACAGAGUCUCCAAAACGAAGAGCUAUUUCACCUUAUCAUUUACCCAAAUAUAGCACCAGUGGCAGCAUUAAGCCUGAAACUAGUCAAAGACUCAUUGAUGAUAGAAACAUUGAGGCUAGAAGCUGCUCUUCGGGUAAACAAAGAAGGUCAAGGUUUCCCUCAGCAUUUAUGGACAAGGAGUCCAUACCAAAAAUGCCACUUCUCACUGAAGAAAAAUUAGCGAGCUCAAGGAAAGGAAGAUCACCGUCACCUCCAGUUAGAAGAUCAACAUCCACCGACAGAGGGUCAGUCAUUAAAAGCAAGUUAAAAAAUGAAACAACAGACAACCAGCCAGUAUUGAAGCAUCCAUUUCCAGCUAGAGUACCUGUUAACAAAUUUCUUGCCACAAUGCCAAUGGCUGCACCCCUUGAGAAUAAUGCAAGAUUGCAUGUGAAUUCACCAGAGCCAGUAAAACUUGAAGAGGAACAAUUCAAGCAAGCACUAACUGCUGUAAGACAAGGCGGUAUUAGGAAAAGCAAGGUUGAAACUAAGGCUAAGGCCAAACAUCAUCUACCAUCUCCCUUAAAGAUUCAAAAGCCUGAGUUGAUCCCGUUGUUUACUUCUGGCAUCGAAUAUGCUGGUGAAAAGACAGUGGAGACACCUCCAAAGAGUAAUCACUCUGAGCCCGAAAAUGAUCUUAGAUUUAUUGAAUCUGCUGGUCGUGGUGCUUUGAAUCACAAUAAGAUACGUCAGAACAUAUCAAGGAAUUUUCAGAACCUUGAAUCAAGAGGAAUAGUGCAAGCGGAAGAGCCUUUAUCAGCUAGAAAAGUUGAAAACAAACUUUUGAAUGGUUCAGGUAGUAAUCAUAAUGAAGGAAAUAAUACAUCCAUGCCUGAAUUUAGAAGGAGCCGAUCUACCCCUCGCAGAAAGUUUUUUGGUUUAUCUUGA